AUGAUAGAUGAAAUACCGCUGUAUAACCAGCCAGUGGUAAUCGAUAAUGGUUCGGCAGUUGUUAAAGCAGGCUUUUGUGGUGAAGAGAAGCCUAGAUGUAUGGAAUAUUCGCUGAUUGGAGAUGCCAACUAUAAUAAAAUAAUGGUGGGAGGUUUGGAGUGUGAUAGUUUCGUUGGUAAUAAAGCACAACGUCUACGGGGUCUUUUGAAGUUGAAACAUCCGAUGGAGCGCGGAGUAGUUUCGGACUGGGACGACAUGGAGCUCCUCUGGUCACAUAUUUUGUUCGAUUCUUUACAGUUGACAAGUGGCAUGGAACAUCCUCUUCUGAUAACAGAAGCACCUCUCAACCCAGAGUCCAACAAAGAAAAAAUGCUCGAAGUAUUCUUUGAGACAUUCAACAUUCCAGCAAUUUGCGUUUCCAUCCCAGGGGUUUUAUCACUCUAUGCUAGUGGUAGGACGACGGGGUGCGUUGUUGAUUGCGGCGAAGGUUACUGUAGCUCAGUGCCUGUUUGCGAGGGCUAUACGUUAGCUUCAUCAAUAAAGAGGAUCAACCUUGGAGGCAUAGAUGUUACUAAGCAGUUGCAAUUUCAGUUGAGAAAGGAAUCCGGAGUGUGGUUGUUUUCCAGUGGUGAGAGAGAGUUAGUUAGAACUAUGAAAGAAAAGAGUUGUUACGUGAGCUUAAACCAAUUAAAGGACGAAGAAAAAUUCACUUUUGAACCUGGCAAGAUGAACACUAAUUUCAAAUUACCAGACGGCAAUAUGCUCACGCUGAGUAAGAGCAGAUUUAGAGCUCCAGAAAUCCUCUUCCAACCCCAAAUUAUUGCGUCAGAAGAACCUAGUUUACCAGAAAUGUGCCUUCAAAGUAUUUUAAGUGUUGAUGUCGAACUGCGACCCCGGCUAAUGUCGAGGAUAACCUUAAGCGGAGGUACGACCAUGUUCCGUGGCUUUGGAGAUAGAUUUCUUCAAGAAUUACAGAUAUCAACAUGCAAAAAAUCAAACAUCAGGAUACUGGCGCCUCCCGAGCGGAAAUACACUGCAUGGAUCGGCGGAUCCAUGCUGGCUGGCUUGACAACCUUUCGUAAGAUGUUAACAACUAAAUCGGAUUGGCGUGAACAUCACUAA